AUGACAGCGUUUUUGGGAAUUUAUAAGGCGCUUUUCCAAUAUGAGCCGCAAUCUGAGGAAGAGCUAGCCAUCGAAGAAGACGAUCUGUUGUAUCUUCUGCAAAAGUCCGAUGUAGACGACUGGUGGUCCGUUAAGAAGAGAGUGAUUGGCUCAGAUGCCGAAGAACCUGUGGGGCUAGUGCCCAACAAUUACAUUGAGGAGGCUGAUGUCAAGGCAACUGCAAAAGCUCUGUACGAUUAUCCAGAAGUGCAAAACGCGGACGAAGAGAUCGCUUUUAAUGAAAAUGAUGUGUUUGAUGUUUACGACGACAGAGAUCCCGACUGGAUUCUGUGUCGGUUGCAAAGGAGCGGCGAAUGCGGGUUUAUUCCCGGGAACUACGUCGAAAUCCUUAGUGCAACGGGCAUAGCAGCGUCGACAGCCGUUCCAGCGGUUUCAGCGGCUCCACAGGUGUCUAAUGUCAAUGCAAUGAGUUUCCCACCGCCACCAAAACAUGUGGCUAGAGCAACAGAGGCUCCUCAAGCAGCCCCAGUGGUGCCAACGCAGCCUGCGGAAUCUGCAGACCAUUUUUCUGAUGAAGAAGAAGCUCCAUUGCCUCCCAGGCCAACAAGACCCACAGAAACUAGACGUGCCAGCGACGAGUAUUAUGAUGGUCUAGGAAAAAGAAACGACAUUCCUCUAGGUGACAGUCCAUCGUUUCAGACCUGGGACGUCUCUGAGGUAGUUGGUAGGAAAAAGCACAAGGCGAAGCUAGCGAUCGGAAAUAGCACCGUGUUUUUCACGCCCUCGAAGGGCACCCCGCAACAAUGGCCUAUAAAUGAUCUAACGUCCUAUGACAAUGAGAAGAAACACAUAUUUUUCGAGUUUUCGAACCCCUACGUCAAUCUCGAAAUUCACACAGGCUCCACCGAUGUGGCCAACGAAAUCAUGACAAUUUUGGGAGAAUUGAAAGGCGUUUACCACGCCAGUGGGCUACGUGAAGUCGAAGCCGCCACUAAAGCUCCUGCGAAGUCAUCCCAUAGGAAGCAAGGUAAAGUUAUUUACGAUUUCAUUGGCGAAUCCAAUGAUGAACUUACUGUUAAGGAGGGCCAGAUCGUCCAUAUUUUAGAUGAUAAAAAGUCUCAAGACUGGUGGAUGUGCGAGUUAACGGACACUGGACGCAAAGGUGUUAUCCCAGCUCAAUUUGUCGAGCCUAUCAAUCAGCUAUCAUACAUGGCGAAUUCCCUCAGAUCCUCAAGCAAAUUUAAUAAAAAGAGCGUCUCCGAGUCUUCGAUAAGCAAAAACUGGAAGGAUGAUGUAGAACAGGAGACCUCGAGAAAAAGUUCAAGGAAAAGAGCCCCUUCGUUCUUAUCUCAUGGGAAGAAGAAAGAGGAGGCAGCGUCACGUAGCUCUAGCAAAAAAUCUAAGGACUAUCCAGAUUCAAAGAAAACUAGGAUAUGGGUGGACAGGAGUGGUACCUUCAAAGUCGAGGCAGAAUUUAUCGGAUGUGUCGAAGGCAAAGUUCACUUGCACAAAGCGAAUGGUGUCAAGAUUGCAGUAGCGGCCGACAAGCUGUGCGAGGAAGAUUUAGAACGCGUGGAAAGGAUGACAGGAACUUCCUUGGAUAAAUACAAACCAAAGAAUGCUAAUAGCGGCUCUCAUGCAAGAGACAAGGAGCGCGAAAGAAGGAGGAAGAUAAAAGAACACGAAGAACGUGAGCGAGAGCGGGAGGAAAGAGAAAGAGAUAGAAAAUUAAGAGAACAAGAAUUAAAGGAACUUCGGGAGGCUCGCGAUCUGCUUGAUAAGGAGAGACAUAACUUACGUGCCCGUCAAGAGAGAGACCUUCCCCCCAUUCAACCUCCACGACCCACUGUCACUUCGAACCAGUCGCACGUGUCGGCGACUUCGAAGGGCUCGAGUAAGCCAAUCGAGUACGACUGGUUUGAGUUUUUCCUCAAUUGUGGUGUUGAUGUCAACAAUUGCCAACGUUAUACAAUCAACUUUGAGCGGGAACAGAUCUCAGAAGAAACACUUCCAGAUGUCCAACCUUCUGUCUUGCGGACAUUGGGGCUUCGCGAAGGAGACAUUAUUCGGGUCAUGAAGUACCUGGACCAAAAGUUUGGAAGAGAAAACACUCAAGUGCCCACUUCAACUGGUGGGCUAUUUUCAGAGCCAGACGGAUCCCUCAAAGUAUCUAACGAAGGAAGAAGAUCAGGCUCGCUUUCAGAAAGAUUGCUCCCACAACAGUCUCAACUCUCUACUGGUCAACAAACAAGCACUCAAGAUGACGAGGCUUGGACUGUCAAGCCGGCUGCUAUUUCAGAAGCAGCUAUGCCACCUCAAAAAUCCGAAUUCACCGGUUCCAUGCAAGAUCUUCUCGAUUUACGGCCCUUAGAGCCUAAAAAAGCACCUCAACCUAAUCUGAAGGAUUUGGAGCCUGUGAAAACAGGCUCUUCUAGAGCAGAAAUUUCCUUAGCGCCUGAAAAAACAGGACAGUCCUUGGCUCCCUUGGAUCCUUUCAAAACAGGUGGUCACAAUUUGAUUCCAAUGAUGACUGGAGGAUUUGUCAUGGUCCCGGUCAACACUGGAGGGAUGUUGCCUAUCAAUAGGACGGGUGGAUUGGUUCCACAAACAACUUUUGGAAUGCAUCCAAUAGGUACAAUUUUACCUGUUCAAAAAACUGGCAGUGGGCUAAUUCCUGCUUAUACGGGGGGUCUAUUACCACAAACGACGUUUGGAAUGCAGGGACCCAAUAAUUCAAUGCCUUUGCAGAGAACAGGAGGUGCUCUUCCCCUACAACAAGCACAUUUGACGGGAGGAACCGUGGGAUACACUGGUGGAUCUAUGCCAAUGCCACAAACUUCAUUUGGCAUAAAUCCCACGGGCGGGAUGGCUGCCUCAGUCACUGGUGGAAACAUGAUGCCAAUGCAAAGAACCGGGGGCAACCCCUCAUUCGAAGUAGGAGGAAUGCCUGCUCAGUAUACCAUACCUCAAACUAGCUUCGGAAUACAGGCCACUGGUGGGUUCAACUUACCGCAGCCGGGACUUUCAAACGGUUUGACUGGAGGACCGGCUUUGAUGCCCACGACGACUUUCAAUAAUCAAAUGACUGGUGGUGGGAACAUGAUGCCUCCAAACACUUUUGGUCGUCAAAUUACGGGAGGUAUGAAUACGUCACUGAACAAUUCGUUUGGGAUGGGCGGAGUUACGAACAUGGGCCAGCAUCUCACUGGCGGGUUCCCUCAAAGCGCGUUCAAUGCUCAGAGAACUGGCGGUCAACAGCAAAUGGGACAAGUUCCGCUUCCAAUGAACGCCACAGGGGGAUUCCAGCCUCAAUCACAGUUUGGCUUGGGUUUGCAAAGAACUGGCGGAGUUUCAUCUCUACCUCAAACCUCCUUCAACACAGGUGGGCCGAUGCAGCAACCUCUAGGAAACUCACUGACUGGAGGCAUGAACCAACUUAACAACAUGUUUCAGAACGCGUCGAUCUCACAACCAGCACUUCAGUCUCAGCCCACAGGGUUUGGCUUUGGAAAUGGUCCGGAACCUCAACAGCGACAAGCUAAUCUAUACAAUGCAAGUGCCGAUAACCCGUUUGGAUUUUAA